AUGGGAGGCAAAAAGAGAAUUCCCACCCCGGACCAGCUCCGCGAUUACAACUACGCCGUUGCCGGACAUGCCGGCACCUUGUGCGACGCCGACGGCGAGCUCUUCAUCAAGCCCUGCACGCAGACCGAGAUCGACUUUUACCAGGCGGUCGAGACCCAAGGCUUCCGCGACUUCGCCGACAUCAUGCCCAUCUUCAUGGGCGAGCUGCGGUUAAGCAAACCCGAAGAGGUGCCUCUUGACGACGGGCUCAUGGGAGUCAUCGCGGGCAACGGCGACUUCAAGACCACCAAGGAGCAGAUUGCCGCGACAAUCGCAGAGCACGUCGCAAAGGUCGCCCCCGAUGCCGCCUCGGACCAGACCACGUGGGUUCCCACACAGGGCAAGAAGAUCAAGACGGACAAGUCGGUGGUGCUGGAAAACGCCUCGUUUGGCUACAAAAAGGCAAACAUCCUCGACGUCAAGCUGGGCGUCCGGCUGUGGGCCGACGAUGCCCCUGCCGAGAAGAAGAAGCGCUUCGACACAAUCUCAUCGCAGACGACGCACGGAAAGCUGGGCUUCCGCAUAUCUGGCAUGCGAGUGUAUCAAGGCUCCGAGGACGAGUCCACGUGGGACGACGAAGGCUACACAAUCUAUGACAAGGAUUUCGGGCGGCUGACGGUCAACGACGACAACGUUGUCGACUCUUUUCGGAAAUUCGUCUUCAACAAGGCUGCCGGCGUCGGCCAAGAGUUGGGUCGAGCCGUGUGUUCCGCCUUUGUGCGAGAUUUGCAGCGCAUAGAGCAGGUCUUGGCCAGCCACGAGACCCGCAUGUACUCGUCGUCUCUCCUCUUCAUCUUCGAGGGCGACGGCGACGCCCUCGCCUCUGCGAUUGAAAAGAACAACGAAAUCAUGGAGCGUGAUUCGGCCGAGUCAUAUACCUGCCCACCGGUCGAGCGCACAAACAUGAGGCUGGACAACCGAAUGGACAGCGGCAUCGUCUUGGAGGAAGACGACUUUGAAGACGAGGACGAGGACGAGGACGACCUCCAGCUGCCUCAAAUCUACACCCUCAAACUCAUCGACUUUGCGCACGCAAACUUCACCCCUGGCCACGGGCCCGACGAGAAUACCCUUACUGGAGUCAGAAGUCUUUUGCGGAUUUUCAAAGAGCUGGCUGGCGAAGAUGACUAG